AUGCUUAUAACAAAUUUUUUCAGUUUAACAACAGCAUUUGCACAAGAUUUGAGAGAAGAUUUCGACAGUCAUCUAUGGGAAUUCCUCGAAUCGAUAAUCAGCUUGCUGGAGAGGUCGCAUGAGAAAACUGAAAUCCUCGAAACGGGCUUUUUUACGCUUGCCAAAAUUUUCUGGUUGCAACGAAGACGUCUUGUGCGUGAAUUACGAGAAGUGUUCCGGCGAUUCAAGCGAUUAUUUGCAUGCAAGCGACUGUACAUGCGUCGAUUCAUUGCCGAAGCUCUUGCCUUUCUUUUGCGCAAAUCAAGUGCAAUUGACAAAAUCGUUGUUUUUUUGGCUGAAACUGUGUACGAGGAAGCGAGCAGUUCGUUGGUGGAUAGCAUCGCACGGUUAUAUUUCAAUGCACUGAAAAUUGCAAAAGGACAGUUUCACAGUGCAGCGCCUCAGGCAACAACGGUAAAUAUCGAGGAGAAUGCUGUUCGAAAGAUAGCAGUUCAGAUUGUGGAGGGAAGCCUGAUUCACUGUUCGAAUUACACUUCAAAAGGGCACAGUGCGCCACUUCUCUCUGUCCUUCUGGAUCAGUUCCGAAUGGUAGCAUCGUCAUCCGGUGCAGCACAAGUUACUGCUUUGGCUAGAUUCCUAACUGCAUGGAUUAGCCAAAAGAAUGGCCGGUCGUUUCAUAGCCCUUCGUCGUUAUUUCAGUGUUUAACGGACUAUAUAAAAUUCCACGGUGAAACUGAUUCGCAAACGCUUAUCAUAUCAUCGGUACGUGCACUUGUGGACUGUGCUCAAAGCUGUGACUUCGAUCAUAUGUUGAAUUUCUUUGGCGAUAUUUCGGAUGUGCCACUGUUCGAUUUAUGGAUUAUGCCGACGGUUGGCACGCUUAUGUCACGAGUGAUUGCUGCGAGGGAAUCUGCUGAAUUAGAGCGCAAGGUUUUCGAGUUCUAUGCAAAUAUAUGCAGUAAACGAAUGCCGCUGCAAGUGACGCUGAAAGUACAACGGCAUUCUUUCUUCGAUGCAACAAACCAUUUGGAAGUGAGAAGUCGACUGAUCGAAAUCUUGAAAGCGCCUGAGGAAUUUGGUACCGAUAUCGUGGCUUGUUGUCUUAUGGCUUAUCCGUGGUUCUGGAGGGAAUCUGAAAAUCCUGGAGGUUGGUGUGCAGUCAAAAGAAUAUGGUAA